AUGUAUGAUCAACUUUAUUCAAAUUAUUCAAGCAACAAAUAUAUUUACAACAAAUGCCCAGACGAAUUUAUUCAAUCUUUUUGUUCAGUUCCCCAUGCAAACGACUUUGAAUGGGUAUCAGCAAGAUUUUCACCACAUUCUCAACAGGAACACAUUUUUGUUUUGGGAAAUGAAAUGGGAUCUAUUGCUUUAUUCGACGCAAAAGAAGAUUUAGAUAAAUAUAAAUUUAUUAGAAGAGGUAGUCGUAUUCAUAGCGUCAUUUUGGAUUUUUGCUUUUUACCUGAAAUUCCAGAAUGGUUAAUUGCUUUAUCAGGCAAAUCACACAUUCAUUUAAUUGAUAUUACAAAUGGAAAGCCAAUUUCUUGUCUUGUUGGGCAUUCAUGUUCUGUUAGAUGUGCCAGUGUUUGUCCUGGAAAUCCAAUUUCUGGCUCUCGUGAUGGUUCAAUCCUUGGAUGGGAUUUGCGCUCCCCUCCUUAUGAGCAAAUAACAAUUGAUGGCUCCGAAUGGGGAGCUUUAGCUCCAUCAAGAACUUUUGCAUUUGCGCAUGAAUCUCCUGGAGGCUUAUUGCAUUUUGGAGAGAAUUAUGUCAUUUCUUCAUCCUCCUCCGCUUCAAGCGGGAUUCGAAUUUGGGAUUUGCGUUAUAUUACUGGUGCUGCUUUAAGAACACUCAAAGUUCCACAAGAAGAAGGAGGAAAAGAGCCGGGAAUAGCGUCAAUGUGUUGGGAUCGCUUUAAUUCUUCAUUCUUUGCUUCCUGUACAGAUGAUAAAAUACAUGAAUUUUUGCCGGUAUCUAGCUGUGAUUUACCAGUACGCUCCUUAAAUGGACAUGGUAUUGAUUCAUUCUACGUCCAAUGUGCCACAUCUUCCAUUUCCGAUCAUUUAAUUUGUGGCUCAUCUCGAAAUAGAGCGUACGUUUGGGAUUUACAGGAAAGUCGUAACUACCGGCAAAACCUUUUUAAAAGUUCAAAUAAAAGUUUUCUUCCAAAUCCAAAAUUUGCAUUGGAAGGAAAUGAAUUCGAGUUUGAAUGUGUUCAAUGGAGUCAAAGUGGAAAAUACUUUCUUACUCUUGGUCGCGAUUAUAUUCGGAUUUGGUCCAAUAAUGAAAGAACGGACAAUGAAUAUUCAAAGGAGACUUCUAGUAAAACUGGAAUUCCAAUCAAAUUUGAUUACCCAACUUUGUUACCGCCAAUACAAAAUGAGAAUAUGUUGGACAAUCAAACAAUAAAUGAAAUAAAGUGUUCUUUGAAGCUAACAAAUUUUGAUGGAAGAAGGUUUUUAUUUUAA